CAACGCAAGGCACACAAAUACCCACCUAGAAUAUGGCGGAACCAAUCGCAGACAUUCCCAUGGAAGACGAGGUGGAGGACCUUGAGCUCAGCAAGAAAAUCUGGCUUUUGCCUGGGUCCUCGGAGGAUGGCACCGCGGCAUCUUUCCAGAUCGUAGAUGAGGACCAUACUUUGGGGAAUGCUUUGCGGUACAUGAUCAUGAAAAACCCGGAGGUUGAGUUCUGCGGAUACUCCAUACCGCACCCCUCGGAAAACAAGAUGAAUGUGCGUAUUCAGACCUACGGCAACAUCACUGCAACGGAGGCUUUCCACCAAGGAUUGGACAACUUGAAGGAAAUGUGUACGCAGAUCGAGGAGACGUUCCAAGAGAAGCUUGACGCUGGUGACUUUAGUGUCGUUGAGCCAUGAUUCUCGGAUUGCAUAUGUGUAUAGUAGGAAAAAAAACGAAAUUUCGAAUCAAACAAUGCCUUGGAGACCGGUCGUGGUGGGUCCUUUGGCUGGAUGUAUGGCGGUGGGUUUCUUGGCUGAAUUAUGAUGAUGGCACUGUGAUGUAGCAGGGGGCAUGGUGUCCAAUCCUAACGUCCAUUGUAAGGACGCUGGGCUGAACUGUAUCUCGGAACUGUUGAGAUUUGGCAGUUUUAAAUAAAGCGGGUCUUUGCCUCAGAAAUCAAAAAUGGCAUCAUUGUAAAAAGCGUUGAACGAAUAAAGAAAUUGAGCGGCAACGGCAGAAGCCCUCUGUGCACAGACCGGUGACAAUUUGUCAGGACUCCUCACCCAUAGGAUAGAUCAUCUAAUGUAAUUCUCAAAACAAAUGAUAUGUACUUCGGC